AUGUAGAUUGAUGUUGAAGAUGAUUAGAUGAUGAAAAUCUACCAAAAUAACACGACAAACUUUGCUGCUGGAACUGGAACUCCUCCUCAUUCAGACGGUGGGAGUAACUUUGUAAAUGAGACUCAAGAUCAAAUGUCACAGCAAUCUAUUAUCAUAAACUACAAUUUUCUGGAGGAGUAUGUCCCAGAGUCUAAGGAGAUCAACAUUGAAUUUCUGCGCAGCAGUCAGAUAUACAAAAAGAAAAGAUAUGUUGAUGCCAUUUACUUUGGAGAAAUUAUAGAAACUAAAAGGCAAGGCAAGGGUGUCAUGAAAUAUAAAAGUGGAAGAGUUUAUGAAGGAGAUUGGUUUAAUGAUUUAAGAAGUGGAAGGGGCUUCGAGAAGUAUCACAACGGAAAUGUGUAUUUAGGUGCCUUUGAUUGUGGGAAAGCUCAUGGCCAAGGCAAAUAUACCUGGAACAACAACUUAGAAGUCUAUGACGGCUAGUGGGUCAGAGGUGUGAGAAGAGGAUAUGGCAUGUGGAAAAAUAUCAAAGGGGAUUCUUACAUUGGUGAAUGGGACAAUGGAAGGGCAUUGGGCUAUGGUGUAUUCACAUGGGCGAACGGAGAUAAAUAUGAAGGUGAGUGGGCGAACUCUCUCAAGCAUGGCAAGGGUACUGAUUUAUUUAUUAAUGGAGAUAGCUACAGAGGAGAAUAUAAAUUUGGAAAACCUGAUGGAUUCGGUGUCUAUACUUGGGCAAACGGUUCAGUAUAUGAAGGUAAUUUCAAAAACGGACUUAAAUGUGGCAAGGGUAAAUGGAGAAAAGCACCUGAGGUAAUCGGAGGACCAACCAACGAGUAUGCUGGAGAAUAUAAAGGUGAUAAAAAGUGCGGAUAGGGAGAGUUUUUUUGGGCUUCAGGAAAUCAUUAUAAAGGAGAAUAUUAAGAUGAUGAAAGAAACGGCUACGGUGAAAUGACUUGGACUGAUGGAAGUAAAUAUAUUGGCUAGUGGUUCAAAGGAAUACAGCAUGGCUAUGGAAAGAUGAUAUUUCCAGAUGGUACUUUCAAAGAGGGCUACUUUGACAAUAAUGCUUAUGUUGGACAUGUUCCCAGUAAGACUAUGCUGAUGAAGGACUAAAUGAGAAGUUCCAUCUAUCAAACUCCAUCAAAAAAUGGUAAAGGAAGUCUUAUAGGAGUGCAAUCUAAAAAUGGGCAACUAACUGAUUAGAAAUCAGGUGGAUAUAACGGGUAUAAUAAUGGUGGGGUUAUGAAUAAAAGACUUGGUAGUAAUAAAUCUAACCGACUACUUAAGCAGUCAAGUGAUCCCAAUUAAUACAAUAUUCUGCAGAGAAUGUCAAAUGAGGCAUUGUAACAUAUAAAGCAUCCUUAGUCUAUAAUAAGUAUGAGUAAUGGAUUCUUGAGCACUUAGAAGCUUUAGAACAGGGCUGGGAUAUCUCCAUCUCAGGACCAAAAGACUCAGUAGUUCAAUUUGCUAAACUAAAAUAAUCGACUCUAGAGAGAUCAGUCUCUCAAUAUUUUGAGGCAGAUAUAAAAGCCAAUUUAUGAGAAAGUGAAUUCAGGUCAGAAUUCUCUUGAGGAUUCAAAUGAAAAUGCUAGUCAUCCAAGUGCUGGUCGAAGGAUACUGGCCAGAAGUAAGAAGUCUAUUAAUGGCAGUUCCCACAAAAUACUCCCUCGAGGCUCAAAUCUGGCUCUCUCUGGCACAAGGUUCAUGGAUGGAGGCGGCUACCAUCAUCUCACUCCCUCAUAUAAUUUAGGACUAAAUUGA